AACAGGAGCCGUGAAGAAGCAGCCGAAGCGACAGACUGCGGGCUAAGUUUGUCCGCCCCGGCUUCCCAUCACGAGUCAACGGGGCUUUGUUUCAUUGAUGAACAACAACCGUCGCUUUCGCUUGAAAAUUUCACGCCGAAAGUAGAGGCGUUAGAAACGUUCAGACACGUUCGUGACCCUCCGGAGAAUUUGCGAAGAUAGAGAAAAGAAGAAAGGGAGGGAGGGAGAGGGGAAGUGCGACGGAGAGGACGACUCCGAAGUUGACACUUAGCUGUCAUGGUCGGUACUUGUUGAAUUGGCUGUGUGUACACACACACCGCCGGAGCCUGUAUGGGCAGCGUGCUGUUAACAGGUGCAGGUUUGUGGUUUGCCUGUCUGUUAACUCCCUCUCUGGUGUCAGGGUCUGCUGUAUCACCAUGAGGCAGUGACAGAACAGGGACAGUGAUGGCCGAGCUGCAGAUUGACCAGACCAACCUUCCACGUGUCCAAGAAGUGUGCCAGUGUUUUGCUGUGCUGGAGGAUGGAGUGUUGGCACACAACCUGCAGGAACAGGAGAUUGAGCAAUACUAUACCACCAACAUCCAGAAGAACCAGCUAGUGCAGAAUGACAUUCGUGUGGCCAAAAGGCUGCAGGAUGAGGAAGAGGAGCAGUGGACCCAGCAGAGCGCCCUCCUCAGACAGGCCUCCAGACAACUAGAGGAGCAAGACUUGGAGUAUGCCCGUGUGAUUCAGGAGGAGAUUCUGCGUCGUGCUGAAGAGGCCCAGAGGAGGGAGCAGGACGAUGAGGAAAUAGCUAAACGAAUGCAGGAAGAGGAGAAGCAGAGGAACUGGAGGAGGAGCAGAGGCCAGGAAGGCCAUAGUGAUGGCAACGCCAGCGAUCCUGCGCUAUCAUCCCCACACCAGCACACACUUCACCAUGGAGAGGAGCAGUACUCUUACACCACCAGGUGGCAAUGUUCUACCUCUCACGACCGUUCAGACUUAACUGAGCCACAGGCUCACUCCCCCAGGAGGGUUGCGGCUCAGAAAAGCACAACUUCAUGGUCAAAUCAAGGACGCAGAGAUUCCUUUAGGGCAAUCAGGAAUGAAUUGAGAGAACCUCUGAGUGAGGAUUCAGAGGACUCAGACACAGUUUUCUCUGAACAGCUUUCUGUUUUGACUCAAAGACUGUAUGAAAGACUCAAGGCGACACCACCUCGACGGCAGGCAUCUUUACAUCAGGUGCAAGAGAGAACAUACAGAAGUCUUAGCCCUCGCAGCAGCUUCACAGAUGAGCUGAGAGUGUGUGAGGAGGAGAGGGGAAAGUACGAUUAUUAUGAAAAUGGUGACCUAGAGAAGAGGAGGCCUAGAAACUGGGAUCAGGAAAUGAACCACAGAGAGGAGUAUGGGGGUUUGCACAGGAGCAGAGAUUACGGUAGAGACUCCAGAGUAGUCGAGGUAAGCGAAAGACGAUGUAGUCGCAGUGAAUCUGUCAGGCUACAUGACAGGAGUAGACACAACAACAGAGACCUAGCCAGAACUUGGAGCUAUAAGGACAACCCUGACAAACACGUUCGUUUUCAGGACGACACCAGGAGGUCUAACAAGCAGGGUGAAAGCAGCAGUGUCUGGGAGAUGCUGGGCCAGGUCCUCAUGGAGAGGGGUGUGCCUGUGAGGUUUGGCAGCAAUGGGGCGCCACUGCAAAUAAGGCCCCAAAGCAGAGACAGCCAGGUGCUUCACGGGAGCGAGGUCUCCUGCAGUGACUCCCAACCACAUCAGAGAGCCUUCCAGAGAGCUGCCUCCACCAGGCACAGUUUCCAUGGAGAUAUCAGGGAGAGGAGGAGAUUGUCAUACAGAGAGAACAGUGGGAGAGAUCACAGAGAAGACAGAGACAGGCGCCACAAUAUUGUGGAGCAUGAUGGAGAGGUUUAUGAGAUUAGCAGAAGAGACUCAUAUCUUGCUAACAGCGAAAGGGGAGGCAGUGCAAGGUGGAGAGAGCGCAGAUGCACUAAUGAUGACGAGAGGGAAAGGAAUGUAAAUGAUCGCAGGGUCAAGAGGACGACAAGCGAACGCAGGCACUGGCACAGGACCAUAGAAGAAAGGUUAAGCUCAGAGGAGGAGCAGGAGGUGGAGAGGAGGAGAAGAGAGCAGCCACGCCGAAGAGCCCCACAGCGUAGCCAAAGCCUCCGCUGCAGCGGGGCUUCAACCAGGGAUAGGUCAAGGCACAUGGCAGCAGGAGCAUCACUGCAACCCGAUCUGAGCGAGGCAAGCCUAGACCUGGGUGAGCUGCAGCAGGUCCUACAGGAUGAAGAGCUGGCUCGCAAGCUGCAGGGCGAAGAGGAAAAGCUGUUGAGGAGGAACUCCCAGUCCGCUCCAUGUAGUUCUUACCCAGAGGGAGACUUCAGAGUAGCACAAGUGGCGCAGGAUGAGGAAAUUGCGCAUUUUAUGCAGAAGCAGGAGAUUAAGUCAAAGCGUCGAUCUCGUGAGCUUGAAGGGCUGGCAUCAUUGCGCGAGCACAGAGCGAUGGUCAGUCAUGACAGAAGAGCUGCAAGAGACAGACAGGUCCAACGAGAGAGGCUUGACUCAGAGGGCCUUCCCUCCCCCACUGAGGACUGUUCCCCAGAGAACCAGCCACCCAGCCCUACAUCCACCAUACCACAAGCCCAGCAGAUCAGAAACAUUGCAGAAGAGCUGGACCCGACUUUCCAGGCCAGGAGGCAAGGCACAGAGAGCCUCAGAGUGGGACAAACAGGCCCAACCUGUCAGUCGCUUCCCAUGUCCCAUUCUGGCUUACACGAUUUCCUCGAGGAGCCUACGUUCAUCCCACCCACAAAACGGCAAACGGACAAAUCAGGGCGCACAAAACCCAAAGAGAAGAAGGAAAAUUGCAAGCAACAGUAACUUUUCAACACAUUGUGCUGUUGGGGUACAUGUACUGUAUAUAUUUUAUAACACUAAACAUCAGCUCAGCUACAGAGUUCUCAUUGCUUCUUACUUUAAGGUUGAAAAUGACAAGAAUUAAGUUCUCGCUACCAGCGACCCCGACUAGCACUUUAGACCAGUGGAACUGAGACACACAACUGAGACAAGUUACAUUAAGAAGUAUUUCUUGAUUAACUGACAACACUUUGGCCUCAUGCCUUUAUCAUUUCCAAGGGAAAAUCAAGGUUUAUUGAAGUAUUGUUUGAAUUCUUGUGUUGAGUGUUUAAUUUAAACAGUAAACCUUUUUUUUUAAUUAUAUUUGUAACCUCUAUUUGUUUUCAUUUAGUGAAGCAGUUUACAGUUAGCAUCCACAAUGGCAAAUGACAAAACAAGAAGUUGCUGUGAUAACCCUUGACCCUGAGUGAUGUGGUUUACCGACAAGCUACUUUAAGAUAUCCAAUUUUGAAGUGCCUGCCAACUUUGUUUGAAAUCAGUUUGGCAGGACACCAGCCAUGUUUACAAUAGCUCAGUGACAAUCAAAUGAUAUUUAACCCGAAUUAAAUGGAAAUUCCAGUUGAGGAAAACCCAUAUUACCACUAUUAUCAAAGUAUGUUAAAUUGUUUUGUAAUAUCCGGAUGUAAAUAUAUGAUAUGGGGACAGUAUAUGUAACAAGGUAAUCUAAGAUCUAAGGUCCGCUCAUUACCUUUUUGGAGGUUUCAGCUGCAUCUCAGACUCCAUCUUUGAACUGAGACGGGGUUAGGUCAGCUUUAACGGCUGAGUGAAGACCAAGAUGCAGUUGAAAGCUCCAGAAAGCUUGUAACUGGACCUUUAAGCUUAGGUUAUUCGGUACAUAUCCAACUGAUGUUUUGUAUAUUUGGCCAGGUGGGUUUUUAUCGGUCCAGAGACAGCUAUAAUGCUAGUUAACAUAAGACAUUCUACAGAAUACUUGCUCCAACAACAGAUUUUUAAACACACAUGACAAGUCAAGGUCUCAGUUUUUAUUUUCGGUUUGUUUUUGUAUGUUUAUAUUACUCCCAAGUUUAAAACACUCUUUUUGUUGUUCGUUUUGUUUUAUACAAAUGACAUAUACCAGUGCUUACGUGGACCUCUAUGAAUGCAAGUGCUCUGUAUCAAAGUGCAACAAAUAAAAAAGAAAUCCCCAUUUUUUUGGCUGUUCAAGAAGUUACAAAAGUACAUACAAUAUAAAAAAGAAGGAUAUUAUAAAAACAAGUUAUGUACAAACUUCAAAGGCAGAAAGGUAAAUUCACAUAAACCACAAGUGCAUGAAAUUCAUCAGGUGAAAUAAAGUGCUACAGAUCUUAUGGAAAUGUUACUGUAUUAUAACUGCACAAGACAGCACCUGUGAACUCUGUGGUCUUUCAACAGACUUUGCUCAAGUUGUGACUCAUACUCAGUGAAUCGUUACUAUAGGUGUGGGCCAUCAUUUUCACCCUAAACCCACACAGCACAUAUCUCGAAUAUUCCAUUUCACAACA